ACGGAGGAGUAAUUCAUGCAUAAAUUUCGGUCAGUUGAAAUAUUUUUUGAUGAGUAUUUUUAGUUGUGGUAUGAAGGCAGGCAUUUAAUAGAGUGCGAAAUACUGUAUGACCAUGGCACAGAAUGGAUUGUACUGUCCUGAGGGCGGGAGGGUCAGGGACGUAAGGAGUGCCAAGAUACGAAGGGCCAAAAACCAGAGUGAAUCGAUAAUGGAACGCUUCGAUGAAAUGGUUAACGCGCAACUACUGAGGCACAGAAAACUAGGAAAUCUUAGACUCUCCACCUCAAUGGACAAAAGUGAUGAUAUACGAGACGCAAAAUUACCCACUAAAAUCCGGCAUCUUCCAAAAACACUGACAAGCAUGAGCAGUGCUAACGUUUCAAGCCAUUUAUCAACUGAAACUGACAAUGACUUGGUUGAGGCAGUUGGGUCCCUCUUUCGUGCUGAGGAGAUGUCCAAUUUUGCUGAAAAAAUUGUUGCGGCUGAGGCAGCUGUUGCUGCGGUGCCCCCGGAGCUCGCUGAAGAGGCCGCCAUGGCCGUGACACAUACCUACCAACAGUUCGAGGAUAAGGUCACUAAGUUCAGAGAAGUCGUGCGGGGUGAUGCUGUUAUUGAGGUCGUCGGCUAUAUUGGCGUCAGAACACCGAAGAACCAGUCAAAAGUUAAUAACGGCCCCCUUUGCUGCUCUUGUUCCAAUUAAAAGGAAACAGCCACUUCCAAUUAAAAAGGGUCCUUAAUCAUGCGAGGAAAUUCUCUGAAAGAGUAACUAUUAUUCUUUGUGAUGGAAAAUUGAGGGGAAAUAAAUCAUAAUACAUCAUCCCCGCUUGGGAAAUUAAUAUUGUGAUUGUCUGUGUUGAGUGAUGGGUGUAAUUCAUUCGAAUUUCGUGCAUUAAACUUGACCGACUUCAUAUGCAUGUCAUUGACCAAUGAGAUAGAGACCUUACGCAGAUUUUAUUGCGUUCAAUAUUAACGAUGUGAAUUUAUGUAUAUGACCAUUUUGUAAAAGGAUCGCUACAAUGGAGCACAAUUAUUUUU